AUGAAUGUGAGCAGAGACAAGGCUCAGGUGGGUGACAUCUCUAUCCCGGCAGCAGCAGUCACAGCAGCAGCGGCAGCCGCCCAGGCUGGCAUUGUAGUGGAGCCAGUGUCCUGCAGCCUCCACGGGGAAAGCAUGGACAGCCAUGGGGACCAGAGACUUUCCUCCAGCAGCGACCUGCCGGUGUACUCGUGCCCUGGGAGCAGGGAGCGGGCAGGGGACAAUCCGAGCAACACGCCCGGGCAAGAGGGGGCAGGGGCAGCCCUGCCGAUCGUGCACAGGACCACCUCCUUCUCGGUGCUGGACAUCCUGGACCCUAACAAGUUCAACAGCAAAAGGAGGCAAUGCGCGGUGUUGUACAAAUCCGUGGGGAGCGAGUUCACUCUGGGGGCGGAGGAUAAGCCCGGGGACUCGGGCACGGAGCUAGCGGAUCCAAAGGCUCUCUCGGAAGACUUGGAAACGUGCAAAAAGUCCGCAGACUUGCUCAAGGAGGGCGAGCUGUACAAGGCGGAGGAGUGCGAGCUGGACUACGCGGGCAGGCCCAGCCCGGGCGCGGAGAGCGAGCUGCAGGACGAGGAGGAGCUGUGCAGCGAGGAGAGCAGCAGCAGCAGCAGCCUGGGCGCGCUGGCGGGGCCGGGCGAGGAGCCGGGCCGCCACCCCGAGGCGGCGGAGCAGCAGCAGGCGCCCGCGGGCCAGCAGCAGCAGCAGCAGCAGCAGCAGCAGCAGCAGCAGGCGGCCAAGCCCAAGAGGAAGCGCACGGGCUCGGACUCCAAGUCGGGCAAGCCCCGACGGGCGCGGACAGCCUUCACGUACGAGCAGCUGGUGGCGCUGGAGAACAAGUUCAAGUCCACGCGCUACCUGUCCGUGUGCGAGCGCCUCAACCUGGCGCUGUCGCUCAGCCUCACCGAGACGCAGGUGAAGAUCUGGUUCCAGAACCGGCGCACCAAGUGGAAGAAGCAGAACCCGGGCGCCGACACCAGCGCCCCGACGGGCGGCGGCGCGGGCGCGGGCGGCGCGGGCGGCGGCCCGGGGCUGGCGGGGGGCAGCCUGGCCGGGGGGCUGAGCCCGCUGAGCCACUCGCCGCCCAUGGGCGCCCCGCUGGCCAUGCACGGGCCCGGCAGCUACGCCGCGCACCCCCCCGGGGGGCUGGUGUGCGCCGCCCAGCUGCCCUUCCUGCCCAGCCCCGCCGUGCUCUCGCCCUUCGUGCUGGGCUCGCAGACUUACGGCGCCCCCGCCUUCUACACCCCGCACCUAUAAGCGCCCCGGGGGCUGUUUGCUACACGCCGCGGACUCGGGGGGCGGGGGACGAGGACCCCCCCUGCUCCCGCCCUGUACAUAGGAGUAGCUGGACUGGAAACCAUCCUCCCCUGCCCCGUGUCUCGUCCACGAACCACGGACCCGUCUGACUCUCAGGGUGAAACCGAGAACGACCAGGCUCGGCCGCAGCAAUGCGCUCGUGAUUGCACGAGGUUUACACGCGCGCGCGUGUGUGUGUGUGUAUGUGUGUGUGCGUGUGUGUGUGCCCCCCCUCGCCCCCCCACCCGCAUCCGAGCCCGGCUCCCGCUGCAUCUCGAUGCGUUGCGUCUCCCUGCGGGCGCCCGCGUGUCACGUCUGUACAGUUCCGGCGGCUGCAACAGUUUGAACCUGAUCAUUCAUGUGUAAGGGUUGGGAAUCCCGGGGCUCCCGAGGCUAUGGCAAGCACUUUGUUGGCUAAAAACAAAAACAGAAACAAAAAACAAAACACACACACUUGAAGUCAAUCAAUA